AGGCGCACGCACUGAGGGCAGAGGGGCGGAGGAGGAGGAGGAGGAAGGGAAGGAAGAGGAUGGCUCUGGGCCGGCCAGCCCCGCAGCUGCGGCUCCUGCUCCGCUCCUUCCUCGGACCCAUAGCCCUGAGCCAGCGCGCCGCGUCGGGCCCGGAUUCGAGGCGCCGACCCCGCCGCCUCUCGGUGGAAGGGAACAUCGCUGUGGGGAAAUCCACCUUUUUGAAGCUACUCCUGAAAAGCUUCCCAGAAUGCCAUUUAGCUGCCGAACCAAUAACAACAUGGCAGAACAUCCAAGCCGUUGGCACACCAACAGCUGGCCCUCCCCGGAGUGUGGGGAACUUGCUGGAUAUGAUGUACCAGCAGCCCGCUCGGUGGUCCUACACCUUCCAGAUGUUUUCCUUCCUGAGUCGGCUGCAGGCCCAUCUGGCCCCCUACCCAGAGAGCCUCUUGCAGGCCCAAGAGCCCGUUCAAGUCUUUGAGCGGUCAGUGUACAGUGACAGGUACAUCUUUGCCAAGAAUCUCUUUGAAAAUGGCUUCCUAAAUGAUGUCGAGUGGGCGGUCUAUCAGAAUUGGCAUUCCUUCCUUCUCCAGGAGUUUAGCAGUCAUAUUCUCCUGGAUGGCUUCAUCUACCUUCAGGCUUCUCCCAAGCUGUGCAUGGAGAGACUUCGCCGGCGAGCCAGGGCUGAAGAAAAGGGCCUUGAGCUGGGCUACCUCGGACAGCUCCAUGCUCAGCAUGAGCAUUGGUUCAUCCACAAGGUGACUGAGCUCCACUUUGAGAACCUGAAGAAAGCCCCUGUGCUGGUGCUGGACGUCAAUGAGGAUUUCUCUGAGAGCGUUGCCAAGCAGGAGGAGCUCAUGGCAAAGGUAAACACUUUUGUAAAGAAUCUCAGAUGAAGCCAUGGUCCGACUAGACAGGAUUUGUGGGCCUGGCCUGGGAGUCUGACAAGCUUGGAGAACCAUGGAUGGAUUCCUUCUUUCCAGGCCCCAGACCCCUUCCCCCUAAGAUUUACUUGGUUCUCUUGGGCUUGUUCUUCAGUGUCCCUGAGCGGCUGCUCCAAAGCCCACCUUCCUCAUCUGGGGACAUUGGACUCCAUGGUCUCUGAGGUCCCGUAAGAGCCCUCCAGCUCUGAGCUGCUAUCUCAUGGUGCCCUGACAAUGAGAAGCCCUCCAAGCUCUCCUUGAUUCUGAAAGACGUUUUCUUUUUUCUUUAAUUUCAAUUUAUUUUUAGGUCCAAAUUCUCCCCCUCCCCUUCCCCCUCCCUCUCCCUCUUCUCUUCUCUCCCCCUCCCUCCCCCACUCAUUUAGAAGAUAAGCAAUACAUUACAAAUAAAUCCAGGGCCUCCAUGUCCAAAAAAAGAAAGGGAGGAGAGAGAGACAAGGACAAACACACAGAGAGAAUAGGCCUCCAUCUGCCCUCUUGUAUCCAUCAGCGCUCCAACUAGAAGUACCCAGCGUGUUUCCUCCACAGUCCUUUGGCAUCCUUGGUUGGUCAGAGUUGGUAAACCUGGAAGGUUUUCCAUAAAGGAAGGUCUGGCUUUCAUAAAUCCCAUUGGCCAUCCGUGUGCUGAGUGCAGGCAGGGGCCUAAGGGCUGUCCGUGAGACCAUUGGCUUCUCUCACCCCAUGGGUUCCUCCCCACCCAAGCCUGUGUUCAUCAGAGCCUCCUGUGACAUGCUAGGGCAGGGAGCCAGGUCCAAGGGAGGAGGAAUGAGCUCUUGACUGUGGGCAUGGGCAGAAUAAAUGAAGUGGUUGGGCAAAAAGUUGACAAGGGUGAGACCACAGAGCAGGGAGACCAUGCCAGGACUCAGGGCUCGCUUCUCCACCUCUGCCCUCCACAAGGCCCAAUGAAACAGGACAUGUCAGGAUGCUGUCAUCCUUUCUUUCCCCCUUAGGCUUUGUGAUGAAUGACUUUUAUAAUACAAAUAUACAUGAGCAGAUGUGUUAUCCUGUGAAUGCCAGGCAGGGAGUUUGCAGUGGAAAAAAUGCUGAAUUUGUAGUCAUAGUUCAGGGCACAAGGAAGGCGUCCAGGGACAUGGGUUCUACCAUUUACUACCCAAGUGGCCACAGCCAGCUCCCAUCACUUCUCUGGAUCUAGUUUCCUUAUCUGUAAAAUAAGGGCAUUGCACUAGAUGACCUCUGAUGUCCCUUUCAAUUCGACAUCUAUAGCUGCCCUCUAUUCCAUUCUGAUUUUUAUUAUUGCAUAUGUUUAUAUGGACAAAUGUAUAGAUAUAUUUAAAUACAUGGCUCUAGCAAAUACAUGUAGCAUGUUUCUCUUCCUGUUGUUCCACCCUUCAUAUUAUAUUAUAUAAGAGGUAGGAUAAGUAGUGUCAGACUUGGAUCCAGUAAGACCUGGGUUCAAAGGCUACCUCCAACAUUACCCUUAGGCCCAAAGGUAAGUCACUUAAUCUGUCUGGGCUUCAAACAACUCUCAAGGACCAGAAUUUUCUACACACACACACACACACACACAUGUGUACAUACGUGUGAUACGUGUGUAUACAUAUAUACAUACACACAUAUACUUUUUUCUUAAUUACAUGUAAAAACAAUUUCUGACUU